AUGCCAGGAGACGGCCACAACUACGCUGUCACCGGCAAUGCUGCUCCUUCACGGGGGGACGAGCACCCAUCAUUCCGCUCAUCGCGACUGAGCGGCAUUGAGGACGACGAUCUCAUCAACGAUGGGUCUCCCGAGGCGGUUCAAUCAACACCUGAUUCAGGAACUGCUCCGCUCGCAAAGAGAAAGCGAAAGGCGACCAACGCUCCUUCACGAGGUGUCGCCAAUCUGACUCCAGAGCAGCUGGCUAAAAAGCGCGCCAAUGAUCGAGAAGCACAGCGAGCCAUUCGAGAGCGGACAAAGGCUCAGAUUGAAGCAUUGCAGCAGCAGGUUCGAGAUCUGUCGUCGCAGAAGCCCUAUCUCGAUCUACAAGUCGCGCUGAAGGAGAAAGAGGCGGUUGAAGCGGAGAAUCGAGAGAUCAAGAAACGCCUAGCAGAGGUCCUUGACAUUCUACAACCAUUGCUUCGCACAAGUGGAAUCUCAAGUAAUUCUCCUGACUAUCUCAUAUCUCUGCACUGGCUAACACAUGAACUUCGCCCUCCGCUCCAACCUCCUGCGCCGUCAGAAAGCAAUGGUUGCACCCCUAGCAGUGUGAGCUCGCUACCGGCAGGACAACCACAUAUACAAUCAACAACGAGUGCCAGGACUCCUUCUCCUAUAGACCAGUUGUCGGCUCUUGUCGGACUCCGUCGAAGUUGGCCUAAUAAUGGCGUGGAACAACCUUGGCCUAUACCGACAGCGUUGAAUUACCAGCGGCAUAAUCUGACUCAUGGACUUGAUUUCGGCGAAUCCGGAGAGAGGCUUGGUUUCAACUUCUUGUUGGACGGCUCUGAGCAGAUACCGAAGGUGAACGAUGUCCGACUCACCCCAGAUAGUCCGGGGCCGACAACCGCCUCACCUGGAGAUCCGCAACUGGCAAACAAUCUGUCAGCAGAAUCCCCUUUGACAGCCUUCACUGCUCCUAUCCAGAAUGUUCCUCCGACGUGUCCCCUUGACAGUGUUCUUCUGAACUUCCUCCGUGACCGUCAGCGGCAAGCAGCAGAAGGAGUCUCGAGACAGCGACUGGUUGGCCCGCCGUAUCCUAGUAUCACAUCUCUCCUGAACCCGGAGAAAAGUGUUUACUCCCAUCCCAUCUCCAAGGUCUUUACGGACGUCUUACGAACCUUCCCGGAUAUUGCGUCGCUUCCCGAACAAGUAGCUGUCCUCUAUGUAAUGUUCCUCCUCAUGAGAUGGCAGAUCUACCCCACGCAGCAGAACUAUGAACGUUUGCCAGAAUGGCUGACACCGCGGCCGUCUCAGUUAUUGACUCCACACCCCGCGUGGGUCGACUAUAUUCCUUGGCCUCGUUUGCGCGAUCGAGUCGUGAUGUCCUGGCAGUCUUAUCCCUUCGAUGAAUGGUUUGUCCCGUGGACACGCACUAUCUCCGUCAAUUGGCCGUAUGAAGCCACAGACUGUCUCCUGUCUUCUCCAGAUUCUGAGGAGCUCUUGAUCAACCCUGUCUUCGAAAGGCACCUGCGGAAUCUGAAUAACUGGUCCAUUGGGAAAGAAUGGGCUGACCUUUACCCCGGUUUGGCUGAUGCAGCAAGGGUCAAACACGAUCCCGGUGGUUAUCUGUCUUCUCAACGAAGUUCAGAUGGUUGA